GGUUGUGAGAGGCUGAGCUCUCUUCCUGGUCCCGCUCUCCUCGGUGCGCCUGCGCUGACACCAACUUCCAAGGAGGAGCAGCUAGUCGGUUCGCGUGUGCUACUGCGGUACUACAACCCCGGCUUGCUAUGCGACUCCACCGGGGGAACUUGGUUUGAAUUAGCGGUCCGGUUAUACCAAGGAUAGUGUUCUGGUGCACCGUAGGUCAUUGGAAGUAAAACGAGAGGUGCAGAUAGGGUGUGAGGGUCUUCGACAGAGGAGCGUGGCAGCAGGAGGGGGAUUUCUCUCUUUCCUAUCAGAUCUGCCUACAACCGGGGGGGCUGGCGUAGAAUAUGGCGGAACAUCACUCUGUUUCCGAUAGCAAGCACAAAGCUUCUGCUGCGAAUAUCGGAGCUUCGUUCUCUGGGAAUGGACGGACCAGUCCAGCGGGGAACGUCGGUAGCAGUACCACGGGAGCUCUCUCCACCGGGAUAGCUCAUCCGGCAGGCUGGCAGUCCUUACUAUCGUUCACCAUCCUGUUUCUGGCCUGGCUUGCUGGUUUCAGUGCCAGGCUCUUCGCUGUCAUCCGAUUUGAGAGCAUCAUUCACGAGUUUGACCCUUGGUUCAACUACAGAUCUACUCACCAUCUGACCAUCAAUGGCUUCUACGACUUCCUCAACUGGUUCGAUGACAGGGCCUGGUACCCACUGGGCAGGAUAGUGGGGGGCACGGUUUACCCAGGUCUGAUGGUAACAGCUGGUCUCAUCCACUAUGUUCUAAACCUGCUCCACAUCACGGUGCACAUCCGAGACGUGUGUGUGUUCCUGGCGCCCGUCUUCAGCGGCCUCACGUCCAUCUCCACCUUCCUGCUGACCCGCGAGCUCUGGAACCAGGGGGCAGGGCUUCUGGCGGCGUGCUUCAUCGCUAUUGUCCCCGGUUACAUCUCCCGCUCCGUGGCGGGCUCCUUCGACAAUGAGGGCAUCGCCAUCUUUGCCCUCCAGUUUACCUACUAUCUAUGGGUGAAAUCAGUGAAGACUGGAUCAGUGUUCUGGACCAUAGGCUGCUGCCUCUCAUACUUCUACAUGGUGUCUGCAUGGGGAGGCUACGUCUUCAUCAUCAACCUGAUUCCUCUCCAUGUGUUUGUCCUGCUGCUGAUGCAGCGCUACAGCAGACGAGUCUACAUCGCUUACAGUACGUUCUACAUCGUUGGUCUGGUGCUCUCCAUGCAGAUCCCCUUUGUGGGGUUCCAACCAAUCAGGACCAGCGAACACAUGGCUGCAGCAGGUGUGUUUGCAUUGCUCCAGGCCUAUGCCUUCCUCCAGUACCUGAAAGACAGACUGACCAGACAGGAGUUUCAGACCCUCUUCUUCCUGGGGGUCUCUCUGGCUGCUGGGGCGGUCUUCCUCACUGUUAUAUACCUGACUUAUACAGGACACAUCGCUCCUUGGAGUGGUCGAUUCUAUUCACUGUGGGAUACAGGGUAUGCUAAGAUCCACAUCCCCAUCAUAGCUUCUGUGUCGGAGCACCAGCCCACCACCUGGGUGUCGUUCUUCUUCGACCUCCACAUCCUGGUCUGUACCUUUCCUGCUGGACUCUGGUUCUGCAUCAAGAACAUCAACGACGAGAGAGUCUUCGAAUCUUCUCCAGCGGUGUCACUCGGCCCAGGCCUCCUACCUCUUCCAGCAGGAUAA